AUGCUCGGUGUGACAAGGAGCGGCGCGGACGCGUGCGCGGACAAGCCGACAACGUCCAGAACGCCUCGCGGCCAGCCGUUCGACCCAUUCUGCCUGCAACAAAUUCUCCUUGGUGGUCCUACACCCACGGACACUGCGUCUGCGGUGCUGCGAUUGAAUAUGGGUUGGGUCGUCACUUAUCAAUGCUGUCUCGCUGUAAGAAAAGAAAACGCGGCCGGCAGACCCGACUGGCGCAGGCGUGUCCAUUUUUACAUGUCCGUUUUACAUACCCCUUGUACACAUGCAUUCUACAUAUGCCCAUAUAGAGUCUACGCCUCCAGAUGGAAUUAUCAGUCAAUGUUUGCGCAAUAUUUAAUAUUUCUGGCCAUGUGA